AUGCCAAUCGCCUUGGAUCCAAUCACGACAGGAAACGUCCGAGGGAAGUGGAAGCGCAAGAAUAUACACCAGCCCUCGGUCCAGGCCAUCUUUCUUAUCGUCGUCGUCGUCCAUGUCGAUAUCAAUGUGGUGGUUGUCGUGAUCGUCGUCCACACGUCAGGCCCGCGGUUCCCCCCCCCGAAAAGACGUGCUGCUGUCAAUGCCUUUGGCCCACCGGCCCGCCACGACGUCGAGUUUGUGAGCCCUGCAGAGGUCCUCGAGGCUGUCCGCGAGCUGCGCCGCAUCCGAGACGAAGAGGGCACUAUCCGCUACGUCGGCAUCUCAGGCUACCCGCUCGACGUCCUGGGCGACCUGGCCGAGCUGAUUCUGCGCGAGACGGGCGAGCCCCUCGACGCCGUCCAGUCGUAUGCCAACUUUACCCUUCAGAACCAGGAGCUCGCUGGUCCACGCGGCGUGCAGCAACUGCACAAGGCCGGCGUCGAUGUCGUUCCCAAUGCGUCCAUCCUGGGCAUGGGCCUGUUGCGGCGUCAAGGCAUACCCGUCGGCGGCCUGGGCGAUUUCCAUCCUGCGCCGUCGUCGCUGCGGGAAGCCGUGCGGCGCGCAAGCGACUUUUGCGACGCCUACGGCGAGCCCAUCGAAGUUAUCGCCCUGCGCUUUGCGCUCGAGACGUGGAUGUCGGCGGGCGCGCUAUGCGGCUCCCAGGGCGACCCGGCGUCGGGCGUGCCGUGGCAGCAUGAAUCCAUCGACGAUGUCGGCGGCUCGAAACUCGGCGUCAGCGUCAUCGGCGUAUCGUGUGCAGCGGAGCUCGAAAAGACUAUGCUCGUGUGGCGCUCCAUUCUCGACGGCCUCGACGGCGGCCAGCAGACAGCCGUCCAAGCGGGCCGCUGGUCGCGCGCGUGGGAAUGGAGCUGCAAUCGCCGGAAAGCCGUUCAAAUCCUCGCCGAGGGCGUCGAGGAGAUUCUCGGUCCUGGCUUUGGCUAUGCCUGGCCGAGCCCGGGCCCUGACUACGUUAACAAGCGCGUCAAGAAUGUCAAUCUCGCAACCCGCAUCAAGAAGACAGACGCCGUCGAGCAGCACGAGGCGCCAUGGCUCACGCCCGCUGCUAGUCCUCAGGCGCUGCCCGUCAACAUCCCAGAGCAUGUCGUCGAGGAUAAGGCGUUGCCGUUGAAGUAA